GAUAAAGACAAAAACAGACAGAGAGGCAGCCCAGCGGUGAGAAGAGGACGGCCCGUCGACGAGUGGAGGGGAAUUGUUUCAGGAAGAGUGACCAGCUUUUAUUUACACAGACGGAGAGUGAAGGCGCCUGUAGACAGACACACAGACAGACGGACGGACGGACAGACAGACAGGCAGAGGGACAGUGACACCGAGCCAUGGUGAAGAUCAGCUUCCAGUCUGUCGCGGGACAGAAAGUGGAGAAGGAGAACGAUGGCGACAAGACCGAAAUCCUCAUUCCUCAUCCGCUGGAUGAGGACGAGCUGGUCCUGCCACUGCGGCCCAAAAAGUCUCCCCUCAACGGGCUGUGCUGCCUGACGUUCGGCCUGGUUGUGUUCAUGGCCGGUCUGGUCUUGGCCUCCAUUUAUGUCUACCGCUACUACUUUAUACCUCAUAUCCCAGAGGAGAACCUGUUCCACUGCAGGGUGCUCUACGAAGACUCAGUGUACGCCCCGCUGCGUGGGCGCCAGGAGCUGGAGGAAAAUGUCGGCAUCUACUUGGCCGACAACUAUGAGAAGAUCACGGUGCCCGUGCCUCACUUCGGAGGCAGCGACCCUGCUGAUAUAAUCCACGACUUCCACAGAGGACUGACUGCUUACCAUGACAUUGCCCUGGACAAGUGCUACGUUAUUGAGCUCAACACCACCAUCGUGAUGCCUCCACGCAACCUCUGGGAGCUUCUCAUCAAUGUCAAGAAGGGAACAUACUUGCCUCAGACCUACAUCAUCCAUGAGGAGAUGGUGGUGACUGGCAAAGUGCACAACAUGCGUCAGCUGGGACCCUUCAUCUACCGCCUGUGUAAUGGAAAGGACACAUACCGUCUGAACCGGCGUGUCACCCACAGACGCAUCAACAAGCGCGAGGCGAAGGACUGCCACCACAUCCGUCACUUUGAGAAUACAUUUGUGGUGGACACGGUGAUCUGCGAUGAAGCGUAAAUGCGAAGGCCAUCCGUGUCAUCCCACCCACCCAAAGGCACAUCUCCAGUCCCCGCCCCAGCCACUGUAGCAUCCUCCUGUGGAUCUGAUCACGUCUGAGUUGCACUUUACUUGUGAUUUUGGAUUGAUGUGUUUUUGUACAAGGCGUUUAUUUUUUAUUUAUUUAUUUUUUUUCACCACCUGUCUUUUUUUUUUUUUUUUGCGAUUUCCAAUGUGUGAUGCAAUACUAAGCUGUUGGUUCUAUCACAGGAUUUUCCCUGUAGCAAAGUCCGUAAGCCAAUAAUGAGUUACAGUUUCAAGACCUCUCCUUUUUCUCUGGGGAUUUGUUUAAUGGUUACUGUUGUUGGGGGAGAUGACUGUCUCCAUGUGUUGUCAAGGUGACUGUACUUUUUUCCCUCCUUCCCUGGAGGUUGUCUCUUUACUUCUAACAGUCAUCUGUGCAAAGCAUGUGAGCAUCGCCUCCCUGAGCAAACAUAGCAAACAUAAUCAAUAGAGUGCAAUUACUAUCGUGCUUUUUCUUCUCUUCUCUGUAACGUGAACAUGUGACUGCUGAUAACUAGUUGCUUGAUUGCAUCUUUAAAUUCUCGCUUGCCUGUUGCUUCCUUGCUGCCAUUUCUGCUUUUCACUUCCUUCUUAAAAAGCCCCACCACACAGUAGAAGUUAGAGAUGGUUGCAAUGGAUGUUAGAAUGCUUCACUUUUUUUUUUCUUUUUUUUUUUAUAGUAUUCUAUCAUAACUGAAACCAAUGUAUUAGUUUUUGAUGCUCUCAUUCCUCCUUGGCUUUUCUCUUUUAUUCAAUGUUUUUUUGCACACUCUGCAUCAAUGCAUUUGCGAAUCCUUUUGAAAUGAUGUCUCUGUUUCCCCUUGCAUGUGUUAUCUAUAAGAGAAAAGCAGCACCAUUAGAAUGUUUUGUAAAACAAUGUUUAAAGCCUUAGUCCGGAGUCAGAGACUGGACUAAAGUCAGUACUACUAAAAGGGAGCAUACUAUAUGAUAUGUUAGUUAAACAAAACCAACUUUGAUCUGUAUAUUUUGUCUGCCGAUGAAAUCUGUCUGUGAAUAAAGUAGUGGAAAUAACUAGA